AUGGAGGCAGUCGGCGCAGGUGCCAGCACGCUGGCCUUUGUGCUCUUAGCGCUCAAGUCAGCUAAGAUCAUCAAUGAGUCACUCUCUUCAAUCAAAGAUGCGCCUAGGAUAGUCUACGAGUUAUCGAAAGACCUAGAGUCACUACAUAGUCGCUCAAGUCGCGUGUACAAGGGCGUCCUAGCAUACGUCAAAAAAGAAGACCUAGAGAAUGCGCGAAGCAGGAUUCGAGACAAGUCAACGCAGAUAAACCUUUACCUGAGCCUUCUUCAAGCGCAGUCACUUUUGCAAGUAUCAUCAAGGAUAGAUACUCAUGCCACAGCGACCGCAAGUAUCCUGGACCAGAUACUUGGAGAGGUGUCAAAACUUCACACGAGACUUGAUCAAGAUGUUGCAGUCAGUGAGGUCGAGCAGCUUCCAACAAACGCAGGCGAUGAUUCAAUCGACAGCGCAAUGGUUGGUCGACUCGGUGCCAUAGCGCUUUGUUCCGAGCUUGAGUCUAGUAUAUCCCGCCUCUCUACUCUCAUAGACCACGACGGCCUAACUUUGGACGCCGACGAUGCUGAACAGAUCAUUGAUGACCUGCGCAGAUUUGUUGUCAUUGCCAAGGAGAGGUCGAUCGAAAAGUCUAGACUUAGUAGCAACUCUACUACCUACAGUACUGUCAGGGAAGACAAUACAAAAGCUUUAGGUAGAGACCUGAAGCUGAUUGAAGGACUGAUUCUUUCCGCCCCUAUCAUUGCAAUCAACCAGUCUGGUAACUUUGUCAUUCAUUAUCAGCUGUAG